AUGGAACAAUUGAUAGCUGAUCAGCACACUUUCACCAAAGCUAUGUGGCCAGGUGGUGUCGAAACCGAGCCUUUCAUUAGAAAGCCUAAGUAUCAUUGUAAGUCGAGAAACCGGAAGAAACAGUCCACUCGUAUUAAGAAAUCUCUCAAGCCAAAGAAGGUCAUCAAGAAGGAUACUUCUUCAAGGAAGCAAAGGCGCAUAACUUCCUACUUCUCGACUGAUUCCAUCACCACUUUCUCCAAUGCACAACUCUCGGCAAUGGUUAUCAAAUUACAGAAGCAGAUGAACAAGAUGCAGAAACUCUUGAGGCGUAAGCAGAAGAAAACUCAUGCAAGGCAAACUUCUUUUCAUUCAACAAUGUCUCGUUGGAACAAAAACACAUCUCAGCUCUCAAAUGAUCAGGAUGCUGCAAUGGAGACAGAUGAUCCUCCUCAAAGCCACUCACCUAUCAUAAGUAAGUACGCAGCACAUAUCCACCGCCAAACACCGCUCAUGUCGACCAUCCACACAACCACAGUCCACGACUCUGCUGAACACAACAACACUUCCGUCAACACAUCACCUGUCCACGACUCUGGCGACCACAACAACACCUCCGUCCACACAUCACCUGUCCACGACAAUAGCGACCACAACAACAAUACCGACCACGCUUCACCUGACCACGAAACCGGCGAACAGGAUCGCAUUGCUGACAACAUUCCCCCCAGCUCUCAUUCCUCCCCGGUUCAUAUAGCAACCAUUUUUCUUCCAUCACAAAACACUGACAUGAUCAGUCCUGCUGCUGACGAACAAUACCACCCCAACUCUGUUAUCUACGAUAAAAGUGAUCAUCCCAACAGCCCCGAAAUUAAUCACAUACUCCUUCAUGGAAAAAGGAUUUACGACCCAAUCAGCCCCGACCCUACUUUUUCCAACCCACCUGUCUUCGACUCCAAGAUUGGUCCAUCAUCCCCUCAAGGCUCUCAUUUACGUUUGUCACCACUCCCUUUUACACCACUUACCUCUCCAACUAAGAUUACUGAUAAGUGUUUAGCUUUAUCCAACACUCCACCUUCCAUAGGAAGUACUGCUUCUGCUACUCAGGGAACACAGGUUAUUGAGGAUGGCCUUGUCGACCUCACACUAACAAAAGACCCCUCCAGACAUGUUCCAUCUAGGGAGGAAAACCAUCUUGCAAAGGAACUACUCAGUUCUCCACUUAUUCCUGCUCUAGCCCUCAUCACCCCACUUCCACAGAUCCAGUGGGACCUUUUCCACAAAAUUCUUUCAGCCAACAUAGACGUGUAA